AUGCGUUUUGCUGCCACUGUUUCUAUUUAUCAAGUGUCAGGAAUUGCCAAGUCAUUCCAACCAGAAAAGCAUAUUUUCAAAAACAGUUCUAACACGGCGAAAAGGGGGGUUGCUUGGACAGUAGAGGAACACAGGUUGUUUCUCCGGGGGUUAGCUAUAUAUGGGCGAGGUGACUGGAGAAGUAUAGCCAGGAACUGUGUGAUAACAAGAACAUCAAUGCAAGUGGCUAGCCAUGCCCAAAAAUAUUUCAAUCGCCUCAAAGCCGUCAAUAAAGAGAAUAGAGGAAUGAGCAUUCACGAUAUUAGAAUGAGCAUUCACGAUAUUACUAUUGUGGAUGCUGAAGUCGCAGGAACUUCCCUAGUACCAUAUACUGAGGGCAUGAUUUGGCCUGCUUGUGGAGGUUCGCAAGCGGUGGCAAGCACUAGCAACCAGAGCAUGUUACCUGCUGAGCAGAUGAUAGCAGUUGCUGGAGGGGAGUCCUCAGGGCAUGGUACUGCAUUUGUCAGUGGAAUGAAUAGUAUGUCUGAUGAGGAUGAUUUCAUAUUACAUAUUGAUGACCUAAUCGUGGAUCCGGAGGACGCUAAUGAAUCUAAGUUUCCUGUUGAUGGUGGAAGGUCGCAAUUACCCAGCAAACAACCAUGUACUGCUUGUAGUAGUGGAACUAACAAUCAUCCUAUAUUUAGAGUUGGGAGUGAACUGGAAGCAUUAAUCACCAAGCAAGUGGACGUAGACUAUGAUUUCACUUCCAUUUUCCAAUUUCUCAUGCAAUGCUGUCCAAUGCUGCUCAGAGCGGAAUGACCAGCUUUGCAGUUGCUAGCAUCGGUGCUAACAAUGCACCUCAGAACACGGUUGCUACUCAUAGCGGAAUGUGCAGUUAUCCAGUUGCUAGCUUUGGUGCUAACAGUGCACCUGAGAACAUGGUGGCUGGUCAUCCAUAAUCACCUCAUGUUGCCCCCUCAUCUAACUGUGUUGUCGGAGAAUGGCCCCAAUAUAAGCACUACUAUUGGGUUGCUCCCUCAUCUAACUAAGAACAACAACAUCCCCGGUAAAAUUUCACAAGCGAGGGUUGAAAAUAAACUAAUUAAUAAGUACUAUUUAUAAAUAUUUGGUGGUGGUCGUCGAGGACUAUUGGAAUUGAUUUGGAUGAUUGGUUGUGGGUGAAAACUUGUAAUGAUGAUGAGUAAUAGUAGUGAUUAAUUGUGGUUCUUAUUUAUGUAGUCGUGGAUAAGUGUUGUGAUAUAUUGUAACAGCUGCAGGUGGUGAGGAAUUGAAGACAACCAUUUAGUGACAACAUUCUCAAAUUGGAAACGAUCAUAUAAAUUCAAUAUAGUAGACACAUGUUGGCAUUUUA